AACUUUUUAUUUCUGUCGAGAACACCACAGAGGUUAUGAUGCAGCACCUAGUGGUUGUAUGUGGCACUGCACCUUAAGGCACUACAGUUUUUGACAAUGAUUGUCAGUGCUUGGACGUGAUCUACGUAAAAACCAGAGGACAUGGCAGUCGGUAAGGUGACCUUCACCAAGGCGGAGAGAGAGAAGCUAGCCGAGGUCCUUUGGCUGCUCAACUGGAUCUCUGUAGUGACGGGAGCGAUCCUCUUUGGCCUCGGCUUAUUCCUCAAAAUCGAGAUUCAGAAAUGGCAGGAAGUGAUGUCAGACCAGGGGAUCCUGUAUGUACCACAUAUGCUGAUCACCACAGGCCUGGCGGCCUGCUGCAUCAACUUCCUGGGUGGGAAGAUCUGUCUGGACUGCGCUGACACCAACAAGUUCCUGCGCUGGAAGCUGGUGAUGAUGCCGUACGUCGUCUGCACCUUCUUCUUCACCUCCUGCGUCCUGGUGGGAGCGCUCAUGUGCUACAGCAUCCGCAGUCAGCUGGAGGAGUCUCUGUUCCUGGGCCUGAGGAACGCCAUGCGGUACUACAAGGACACGGACACGCCGGGCCGCUGCUACCUGAAGAGGACUCUGGACCUGCUGCAGAUCCAGUUCCACUGCUGCGGAAACACCGGGUACCGGGACUGGUUCCAGGUCCAGUGGAUCAGCAACCGUUACCUGGACAUGACCAGCAGCACCGUGGUGGAUCGUCUGAGGAGUAACGUGGAGGGGAAGUACCUGAUGGAUGGCGUUCCCUUCAGCUGCUGCAGCACCUUCUCCCCUCGGCCCUGCAUCCAGCAGCAGGUCAGCAACAGCUCCGCCCACUUCAACUAUGACCAGCAGAGCCAGCAACUGAACCUGUGGAGGAGAGGCUGCCGACAGACCCUGCUGGACCACUACACUGGCAUCAUGCAGUCCAUCGGCCUCACCGUGCUCCUCAUCUGGCUGUUUGAGCUGCUGGUUCUGACAGGAGUCCGUUACUUGCAGACGGCCAUGGAGAAUGUUCUCCGGCUGGGUGAUCCAGAGUCAGAGUCUGAUGGUUGGAUUCUGGAAAACAGCCUGGCAGAGACGGCCCGGUCCAACUUUAACAUCAUCAAGAACCUGGGGAAGUGUUACCAGAUUGACGAUGACCCGAACAUCAAUGUCCCGACCGCCACUGCUGAGCAGGAGGUGCCGUCCCAGCAGGUCCAGAUCCCUGUGACCAGCAUAGCAUCCAGACUGAGGAGUCACUGAGCUCUGAACAGAUGACAGGAUGAGCUGGACCACCUCAGGUCCAAAACCUCAGAGGCCUCGAAUGAUGCUCUGACGAUGCCUCCUCAACUCAGGCCAUGAAAUUCCAUCCAGGUCUCUCUGGACUCUGGGAGGAACUCAAUAGUUUCAUCCUGAGGAGCCAAAGAAAAGCCUAACCUGAUGUAAAAUCCAGAGCUCUGCAGGUCUGGUUUCAUGCCUUCAGGUGGAUCUAAUGCCUCAACUCUCAGCUUCAGCGUUGCUGAGGUUUUAUAAGGUCCGCUGUUUAAAACAUCAGAGGACAACAUGAUUUUUCAGUGAACUGAUAUUUAAACUUCUGAUAAAACUUCUGACAUUUUCAGGGUGUUCAGUUUGUGGUUCGUCACAUUUCACUAAACUGGACAAAAUAAAAAUCUAUGAUUACAUCUUCCUCUAAAGUUCAUUACACAGCAGAAAACUAAACUUUCACCAGAGGAGAGGAAACUGUAGAGACACCAGAGGGAAGAACAAGCUGUUAAUCUUCUGUACGGUGGCCUUUACAGAACAUCUCAGACCUACUGCCUGAGGAACACAGAUCUGACAAAUUCCGGUCUUUUAAAGGUGCAGAUGAAAAUAUUUCCUUCUUUUGUAACUGAGCACUGAUAAGUGCAGUUCUCAAACCUACAAAUGAAAAUGACCUGAUGGUGGUGCUACAGGAAGCACUGGAGAUGUGUUGAACUGGUUUCUCUGUGUUUGUUUCAUCUCCUCUAUUCAGACCUGAUGCCUUCAUCUAUUUUCCACCUUUUCUUCCUUUUCUUCUAUGUUUUCUACUGAGAUUUAUCCUCAGACUCACGUUGUUCCUUUAGGAUCUGUAGCUGUUUAUCACUGACAGGUUAGAAAACAUCCAGACAAUCAGGAUCCAGCUCCCUCAGUGAUUCUGGUCUACGAAGAGCAGCAGGAGUUUAGAUCAGGUUAAUCUCAGAGUAUGAAGAUUGGUCUAUUAUCUUAGCUUAGCACAAAGACUGGAAGCAGGGGGAAAGGGUUAGCCUAGCUUAGCACAAAGACUGGAAGCAGGGCUAAAGGGUUAGCCUAGCUUAGCACAAAGACUGGACGCAGGGGGAAAGGGUUAGCCUAGCUUAGAACAGACUGGAAGCAGGGGGAAACUGUUAGCCUAGCUUCAUCCAAUGAAACAGGAUUAUUCCUCAAGUAUCAGAGCGCUGUGUUGAAGUGAUGAUGGUGAUGAGGAGCUGCUCUCUGUGUUCAUGUGCUUUAUUAUAAUUCUUCACUUAAUAAAUUUCAGUCCGAUGUGGGUUAAAUAUUAUGUCUGUGUGUGUGUGUGUUAAUGUAACUGGAGCUUCAGUCGUUCACAGUCGACACUGACAGUUUCACUGAGUUCUGCAGGAAGGAGUUUAAAACCUGGAAUAAAUCCUGAAGUCUGUGGAUUUUAUUCAGAUGUCUGAAAUAAGGUCUGUGGUUUUAACACAAGCUCAAGACAUUUUCAGGUUUUAUUCUCCGACAUAAAAUGGGUCAGUAAAUCCCCCACUCCUGAUGUUUGAAGCUUUUCCGUGUCUUAAAAAAGGCGGUUGCUAACGAGUGUCUAAAUGAGACUACAGAGGUUGUCGGGGACGUUAACAUGAAAACCCAUCUACUCACCAGUCCACCUUUACAGCCUCGUUGUGUUUCUACUCACGCUCUUUCAAACUCACUAACUUUCUAAGAAGAAAGGCUUUUGUAGAAGAGCUCAGAGCUAAAUGAAAUGACCAGUUGGAAGCUUAGUGGUGGAGACGUUGACAUCAUGUGACCGUGGUGUAGUUGGUUUAUAGCCUAACAUUAGCUUCUUACUUCUGGAGAUUGGAUGUAGGCUUCAAACAUCAGAACAGUGGUGUUCAUGUUCUGAUGCUACAUCAGUUUGUUCUGGAGUCACAGUUGGAGGAGGUUCACCUGGACAGGACCAACAUCACACUCACACACACACUCACACACACACAUACGCUGGUCCUGGUUCAGCCUCUAUCAGGAUUCUGAAGAACCAGACUGGAUCAGGUUCCUCUGGUCCUGAACCUCCAGCAGGUGCAGACUCACACCUGUACGACAGUGACAUCCUGGGUGGGUUUGAUUGUUUCAGUCUGCGCACAUAAAACUAGUGAUUAACUCAUUUAGAUUAAUCCAGGAUAAAUUAAACCCAGGAUAAAUUAAACCUGGAUAAAUUAAACCAGGAUAAAUAAAACCUGGAAUGAAUAAAACCUGGGAUGAUUAUUAUUAUUAUACAUUUACACUUAAUGGUUUGAUUUUCAUUUUAAAUUUACAAAAACAAGCUCUCAUUUUAUUUAGACUUUAAAUGAAAAGUAGGUAUAAAUAUGUCGACACACAGGAUGUAAUCUAUUACAUCACCAUCACUGGACAAACACUGAACAGAGUGAACUCCCGACUUUGUCCAUGAGAGGGCGACAGAGACAAACUGAUUCACUGAGCUCUGUCUGCACUUCAACCAAAACUCAAUAUCUAAUCAAUAUCUAAUUGAUAUUUAAUGUUCUCUGUCACUGCUGAUGGUACUAAUCUUACUGUUCAUACAGGGUCUGGUGGAGGAUCAGACCUGGUUCUGAUCAGUCUGGACUCCUCUGUCCCUCCAGCAGCAGCCAAUCAGAGCCCUGCUCCUGUCUGACCCGUACAGGGAGACGGUCACCAUGGUGACGGCCACGUGGUCCUCAGUGCCCCAGAUUACUCUGCUCCUGUUGUCUCUCCCCCUCUCCUUCCUUUUCUGUCUUCAUCACUUAUCUCACCUUCGUUCAUUCCUUCCUUCCUUGUUUCCUUACUCUCUCCUCAGUUCUUCACUUCCUUCCUUUCUUCCUUCUGUCUUUCCUUGUAUUUUUCUUUCCUUUUGUCCUUACUCUUACAUCACAGCACAGAGAGGGCGGGGCCUGAUCUCAAUCAAUAAUCCCUCUGAGUGUGUGUGAGAGCUCGUUGGUUGCCAUGGUGACAGGGAUUAAACCAGAUCAUUUCUAAACGACUGAGGUCACCUCUCCGUGUCCCACAAUGCACCUGGAGUCUGUGACAGGCUGUUACAUAACAGAGAGCUCAGCCAAUCACAGCCUGAGAUGACCUCACACAGAUACUGUGAAAACUACUACUGCUACUACUACUAAUACUACUACUACUAAUACUAUUACUAAAACUACUACUACUACUACUAAUACUACUACUACUACUACUAAUACUACUGCUACUACUACU